GCCAUUUUAACAGGGUGGAAAUGGGAACAGAAGCUCACUGCAAACGUGCACUAUUAAGGGCCCUAGAAAUCUAAUUUACGAAGUGAUAUAAAUCAUGGAUUCAGCAUCGGCCAGUUCUAAACUCAUCUAUAAAAUGUGCGACGAGGACAUCAAAAAACUGAUACAGCUGCGAUCAAGCAACGCAGCGCUGUUUGACGGGAGGAAAAAUUCCUCUAAAACAGCGUGGAGCGCGAUUUUGAGAGAAAUGGGGCUGGAGGAUAGGAUGACAACUGACCAGGUUGCCAAAAAGUGGGAAAACCUUAAAGCAAAAUAUAAGGAUGCAAAAUAUCCUCCCAGUGGUGUGGAGAAGAAUCCCACUUGUUGGAAAUGGUUCAAUCUUAUGGACGAUGCACUAGCAGAAGAUUUCGAAGAAAAGAUGAGCCAGACGGUAACCACAUCAGUUGUUGUCAAUAAUGACACACCUCUACCCAGUAAGAGGUUACGGCAAAUCAAAAUUGGGGGGGAAAUAUUGGAAUUCUUGGAGGAGGAAGAACCUGUGUUAAAUGUCACCAGACCACGUUCGGUUAAGCAAGAAAAACCAAAUGCCAAACAAACUGGCACAGAUCUAGAAGUUAUGAGAACAAAAUUUCAAAGAGAAAGAGAACUUCUUGAGAAGGAACUCGGAGGCCUGGAUAGAGAAAAAGCUCUUUUAGAGCGGGAAAGGGCCCUUGCGGAUCGAGAAAGGGCAGCGCUUCAGAGAGACAGAGCUCAGCUGGAGAAGGACAAAGCUGCAGUCGGAAGAGACAAGGCAUCUUUGGAACAAGACAGAGUCCGUCUUGAAAAAGACAGACAAAUUUUACACAGGGACAGACUGGCUUUUGAAAGAGACAAAAAGUCAACAGAAUUUAAAAAUAAUUUGAAAAGCGGUGGCGGAUGUAAUGGAUUGGAUUGUCCUCAUGAUAAAAGCAGAGAAAAAUUAAUAUUGUUACUUGAAAAAGUGGUUGAAAAGAUUUGAAGCAAAAGAUUUAAAGAAGAGAAAGGAAAUACUGGGGAAAUGUAGAUAUUGCAUAAGGAGUUGUUGUUUAUGUGGUCUAGAAAUGUAUAUUGAGUUGUAUAUCAAGCUCCAAGAGUGAUGGUGUUUGCCAAACAUGCACAAAUCUAAUUGCUUAGAAUGGAAUUCAUUUGCUGGGAGCACAAAUGGCAAAUGUUACCACGUCUUAAGCUAAAAUAUUUUUACAUUUGUAAAUGUUAAUGUGUCUGACACUGUAUAUAUACCUCUGAAAAACUGUAAUAUAACACCUACUUUAUCAAUGUCUUUAAGUAUACCAUUUGUGCUGUACAAUAAAUGGAAAAACACA